AUGGCGCCCAGCAUUCCCGAGAAGCAGUGGGCCCAAGUCGUCGAAAAGAAAGGCGGCCCCCCAGUCUACAAGCAAAUUCCCGUCCCAAAGCCAGGCCCAGAUGAAGUCCUCGUGAAAAUCCGCUACACUGGCGUCUGCCACACCGACCUCCAUGCAAUGAAGGGCGACUGGCCCAUUCCCCUCAAGAUGCCCCUAGUAGGUGGCCACGAGGGCGCCGGUGUAGUCGUCGCCAAGGGCGAAAUGGCCCGCGGAAUUGAGAUCGGCGAUCAUGCAGGUAUCAAGUGGCUCAAUGGCUCGUGCCUGGCCUGUGAGUUCUGCAAGACUGGUGAUGAGCCCCUCUGUGCUGGUCAGCAGCUUUCAGGUCACACGGUUGAUGGCACCUUCCAGCAGUAUGCUAUUGGCAAGGCAGCUCAUGUUAGCAAGCUGCCCAAGGAUGUUCCACUUGACGCCGUGGCGCCUAUUCUGUGUGCCGGUAUUACUGUCUACAAAGGUCUGAAGGAGUCGGGCGCGCGCCCUGGUCAGACCGUUGCUAUUGUCGGUGCUGGCGGUGGGCUUGGCUCUUUGGCUCAGCAGUAUGCUAAGGCUAUGGGGCUGCGCGUGAUUGCAAUCGAUGGUGGCGAUGAGAAGCGUUCUAUGUGUGAAAGUCUUGGCGCAGAGACCUUCGUCGAUUUUACAAAGUCUAAGGAUCUUGUCGCUGAUGUAAAGGCCGCUACCCCUGAGGGCUUGGGCGCUCACGCUGUGAUUCUGCUUGCUGCCUCCGAGAAACCUUUCCAGCAGGCUGUGGACUACGCACGUCCCCGUGGUGUGAUUGUCGCCAUUGGUCUUCCCGCACACGCCUUCCUCAAGGCUCCCGUCUUCGACAGCGUUGUCAAGAUGAUCAACAUCAAGGGUAGCUAUGUUGGCAACCGACAGGAUGGUGUUGAAGCCGUGGACUUCUUUGCUCGCGGUCUGAUCAAGGCACCUUUCAAAACCGUCCCGCUGGAGAAGUUGCCUGAAGUCUUUGAACUUAUGGAGCAAGACAAGAUUGCCGGCCGCUAUGUGCUCGAAAUCCCCGAGUAG